AUGGUGCUGUUAACGACGAAUUACAUUGAAAAAGAAUGUGUUCGGACACAAUCCUUGAAAUCUCUUACUAAAAAAAUUUCAAAAAAUAAUUUCCGUACAAUCACUCAUCUUUAUAUGAAUGGAAAAUUUGUUGACGCUAUCGGAAAUCUUUCAGGAUGUAAAAACCUGAGAGUCAUAUAUUUGCAAAAUAACUCUAUUUCGAAAAUUGAAAAUCUUCAAUUCACUGUAAAUUUAACCCACUUAUAUCUUCAACACAACAAUAUAAAAAAAAUAGAAAACUUAGAUAAUUUACACAAUUUAAAAAUUUUAUUUAUCGGCUACAACAAUAUUUGUGUUGUAGAACAAAUGGAGAAUUUAGAAAAUUUAUUUGAACUUCGUAUCGAAAAUCAACGACUUUCGAGAAGGGAAUCAAUAAUUUUUGAUCCAAGAAGUCUCUAUACCCUAUCAUUAAGAAUAUUGGAUGUAACUGGAAAUAAUUUGACCAUUUUGGAACCCCUCAGCUGUUUAUGUAAUUUAGAAAUUCUAAUUGCAAGAAAUAAUCUUGUUAAUGAUAUGCUUGACUUGAUUGAAACAAUGAAAGCAUUGAAAUCACUUACAGAACUACAAUUGCAAGACAAUCCCGUUACACAUCACUUCAGAUAUCGAGAAAACGUUAUUGCUAACAGCAGUUCACUAGCUACUUUGGAUGGGAAAGCAAUACCUCGAAUUACCCGGAAUUUUCUGACUAAAUUUCAGAACGAGAAACAAUUGCGAUUGGCCCAACGGAAAAUACAUAAAAUGAGUUUAAGUGACGAUAUUACAACUUCUCUGAACUUACCACCGGCAUUCGAACGAUCUAUAUCACGAGCCAUACUUCAACCUGGCCCUAAGUUAUCAAUCAGUGCAACAUCGGCUAUGGAAGUUAAGCCCCAAAUCUAUCCACCAUGGACAUCAAGUAAAAUCAUCUAUUCUUUAAUAUAUAAUUGUAUAGAGGAGAGAAAUAAGCGACGUUUUUAUAUAAUUAUUUUAUUCAUAGCCCCCUCAAUCGCUGGAAGAAAAGAUAACCAUUGUACUCCAAGACCUUUUUGGAAAGCUGUUAAUCCUCGACAAAAACAUGAACUUAAUCAUCUAAAAUCUACGUACAUAAAUUCAGUAGUUAUGUCAUCAUGUUUGAAUAAAAAGUCAUAG